GAUGGCAGCCGACAUAACGUCACUUUUUAAAGCUUCUGUAAAAACAGUUCGAACUCGGAAGAAGGGCCUUGGUGGAACUAAAGAGACGGGGAAUAACUCAAUAUUGGGUCAUGCGAAGAACAGAACAGAGUUUGCUAUCAAGGCCAGGGAAGUGGCUACCACGAUAAGCAAAUUGAAAGAUUUCUUGUUGGAGCAUCGCAAGGAUUACAUCAAUGAAGCCAGUCACUUGAUAUCCGAUGUGGGUGGAAUGUCCGAUGCAGAGAGGGAUCAAAUCGACACUGACGCUCAGGAAUUUAUGAGAACCUGUUCAGAUACCAUCAGAGUCUUCAAGAAUGAAGUUUUCAAGCAGACGAUGGUUGCUCAAGUAAAGCUACACAGAGAAGCUGUUUUCGAUCUGUUACAGGAAUAUCUUAAAGCUGUGUGUAAGUUAUACAGCGACCAGAUAGCAGUCAGAGUCAAACGAGUUGUAGACAAGAAGAGAAUAUCGAGACUCCAGCCUAGCCAGACGCGUCUUGCCACGAGGCUACAUCCUCCUCCCACAGCCACCAGCACUCCAGCAAAACAACAAGAUCCCUUGUCACAUGACCUAGAAUCGUCCAAUCAGCAGAUAGAAGAACAAGAGGAGUUUUCACCUGAAGAAAUGCAAAUGUUUGAAGAGGAAAACAAGCGACUAUUCAAUGAAAUGAACUGCUUGGUAGAUGAAGUGAGGCAGAUAGAGGGCAAAGUGGUUGAAAUCACCAAACUACAGGAGAUAUUUGCCGACAAAGUUCUCCAACAGGAAGGUGAAAUAGACAUGAUAGCGGACACCGUCGUCGCGACAACAGAGAAUAUCAUCGAAGGAAAUGAAGACAUCCGAGCGGCGAUCAAGAAUAACGCUGGCUUCCGAGUUUGGAUCUUGUUUUUUCUCGUCAUGUGUUCCUUCUCAUUGCUCUUCUUGGAUUGGUACAGCUAAGGAAAGAGCCAAAAGAAAACCAAGAAACACUAACUAACAUUAAUGAACUAUUUUAGUACCCGCUUUCUUUGGCGACAUUUAUCAUCAUUCUGUGUAAAAAAAGUAUAUCAAUUAGUCUUUCUCACCAAACAAAACCUUGCUUAUUUUUGUUGCCUCAGUACAUCCCAAAGUCAAUAGUGUAUCUUGAGUGAUAAUGCCCUCAAUGGAUCAUAUAUAUAUGACAAUUUUUGAGUACAUGAAAAUUAUCGUACAUAUACGGCACUUUCGGAAUACAUAAAACAGAUCAAACAUGUACGACCUAGACAUUGAAUGAGUUAAUCAGUGCAACCAAUGUUAACUCAUUGCUUCUGCCAUUCAAUUCAAAACAACACCACUUAUAUUUAGAUAUAUAUGAUUGUAGACCAAUCCAAAUUGGCUUUUCAUUUUAGUAAAGCGCCCUCUUAGGGUGAUAUAUUGCCAUGCCAAGCACAUUGAGUUAAUCAUGAAAGCUUGAAAAAAACAG